GGCAAGAAAAAGAUGGCGGGAACGUCUUAAGCAAAAGUUAUCGUAAAAUUGUAGUUUGUACUUUUGCGCUUCUUCUGUUUACCGCACAUACGGAGGAUUUUAUAGUUGGAACAGGGCAGGCAUGAGUGGCGCACACCUGAGCGAAUGGCAGAGGAGGUCCUUUGAUAUUUCAUCUGGCAACUGUACACCAGAACAGACGGCAGAUGCCUACCGAGCCCACAUCCUCUCCAUUCAGUAUGCAUGGGCAAGCUCCGAACUCUCUCAGGCCGGCAUGGCCAGCCUGUUCAGGACCUACUCAGAGCGCUAUGCCUCAGUGCUGGACUCAGAUGACCCUCGCACAGGGCUAAACAACUAUGCAGAGAGUGCGCUACAUCUGGCCCGUAGUCAGAGGAACUGCAGCGACAAAUGGGAGUCGUGCCUGACCAUGGAGAGCAUGCUGGAGUUGCCCUCUGUGCAGAAGAUGAUUCGGACUGGGACAGAGGAAGGAGGCUCCCUGGUGGCACCAGCAGAUGUUGACAUAUGUGUUGGACAAGAUAGCAGGUGCACAUCCCUGUUUGUUCCCUCUACAGAAGUCAGGGCAGAGGCUCCGUUUAUCAGCUCUGUAGGAAACCCACAUCUUAAAAUAGACAGUAACGGAAGAAAUAUUGCUGUCAGUACUACUGCAGAGAUGGCAAGAUGUUCUGAUGGGAUCCUGGGUAAUCCCAGUUCAUCGUCCAAACCUCCAGUUCGAGCACAGUCUGAGUUUGUUCACACUUCUUUAAUGCCACCACAGACAAACUGUGCCCCUGUUGGUGGCUCACUAAACCGAUCAUCCUCUUUUGCUUCCACAAAUCCAUCAAAGCGGAAGAAUUUCUACAACCAAGAUGGAGAGGAUUGUGGCAAAGUGCCAUAUGGGGGUCAGUCAGCUAUUGGAAGUAACUUCAAAACUGCUCGUGAGCAGUUCAUUGUGGAUCAACAGAGAAAACACCAGUUGCAAAGAGGUCAGAGCCCUGGUGUGGCAGCAGCUAUGAAGAAAUCACUGGGUGCCAACAGACCUCGGGGGGCAUUUUCAAAAUUUGUUUCCCCUAUACCACGACAGGGGGUAGAAGAAGAAAGGGUGUCCCGCAAUACCAGUCAGAAGCCUCAGGUCCUGGAUGAGCGUCUGAAAAUGUUUGAGCCAAAGAUUGUUGAACUGAUCUUGAGUGAGAUCAUGGAUCACGGGCCCCCUGUGGCCUGGGAUGACAUAGCAGGCCUGGAGUUUGCCAAAACAACCAUAAAGGAGAUUGUAGUUUGGCCUAUGCUGAGGCCUGACAUCUUCACAGGUCUCCGUGGUCCACCCAAAGGGAUUCUUCUGUUUGGACCCCCAGGGACUGGCAAAACUCUGAUAGGAAAAUGCAUAGCUUGUCAGUCAGGUGCCACUUUCUUUAGCAUCAGUGCUUCAUCACUCACAUCCAAAUGGGUAGGUGAGGGAGAAAAAAUGGUUCGCGCCUUGUUUGCCAUCUCUCGCUGCCACCAGCCAGCCGUCAUUUUCAUUGACGAGAUUGAUUCACUAUUGUCUCAGCGCACAGACGGAGAGCAUGACUCAUCGCGGAGGAUAAAGACAGAGUUCUUAGUCCAGCUCGAUGGUGCCACUACCGCAGCCGAGGACCGCAUCCUAGUGGUGGGUGCAACCAAUCGUCCUCAGGAGAUUGACGAAGCUGCCCGCCGACGCCUGGCAAAGAGAUUAUACAUUCCACUGCCUGGAGCAGCCGCCCGUCAGCAGAUAGUUUGUAACCUCAUGACUCAAGAGAAAAACAAGCUGAGACAGGAGGAGCUGGAGAGUGUGGUAACAGCAACCGAGGGAUUUUCGGGAGCUGAUAUGACUCAGCUGUGUCGAGAGGCAGCGUUGGGGCCCAUCCGCAGCAUCCACCUCAGUGAUAUUACCACCAUCACUGCUGAGCAGGUGCGCCCAAUCCUCUACAGUGACUUCCAGGAUGCCUUGAAGACUGUACGUCCAAGUGUCUCAUCUAAAGACUUGGAGCUCUAUGAAGAGUGGAAUAAGACUUUUGGAUGCGGGCGCUGAUUUGGCUUCUGGAUCUUGUAGUGUAACUCCUUUAUUGAACGGAAUUUUCUUUGAUGCAUCAGAAG